UGGGGAUGAUAAAUAGAGAGAAAAUUGCUGACAGUGCCAGAGCUGUAUCCAGACUCAGAGCUAAGGCAUCGUUUCAUCGCUUCACCUCCUUCGAAAACGGACCAGCAAACAACAUGAGCCCACCCACAGACUGGAUUCCUGGCUUGUGGAAGGACAUUUUUGAUGAUAUGCUGAAUGAUGACAACGAGCUGGACUAUGAGGACCAGUGGACUCUCACCUUCAACUACAACCAGACAGAGGAGAUCACCAAGCAGGAGAGAAGGAGAGGCUGGAAGGUCUACUGCCACUGUGCUUAUGGACAUUUCCGGUGUGAAACCUGCAACAAGACCUGGCCUUCAGCUCGAGUUGUGGUGUUGUUCCGCUACCGGCUGCAGGGUAACCGGGGGACGGUGAUCAUGCGACCUUUCAGACAGGCCUGUCGCCGUUGUCAGGACGAUGAGUUUGAACUUCCAGGUUUUUCCGAUGAAGAGGUGGAAAAAGCCCUCCGCAGGCUUUUCAGCAAAAUCCGGAAGAAUUGCUAUGAUGAUGACAGUGAUGAUGGCUCAUCUACAUGCUCCAGAAAAGUGUUCACCAAACCACAUGAGGCGUCUCUGUGCGAAGCCUGCAGAAUGGGCAUCUGCUGUCAGGAUGAAGACUAGAAGUGUGUGUGUGUGUUUGUGUAUGAGUGUUUGUUUUAUAUUCACAGAGGUACAAAAAUCAACAGGUUGUUCGCUUGUGGGCAUAAAUACCCCGAUUUCACUGACAUUUUUAUGUAGUUUUGCAUUCAUAAUGGUGAAAAAAUUAUAUGCCAUAAUAUCAGGACCAAUAACAGAUUGUUCUAGUGUUUAUAUUCAUCCUCUUUUGUAAUUUUUGAUGGGUCCAAUAAAGUGUCCACCUGACCACCUUU